AUACAUGGAAUUCUUUCAGUUAAAAAUUAGUAAAAAUAAAAAAAAAUGGAAUAUGUUUUUGUAAUUUUAACUCCAACUUUCAAAUAACUUUGGUUGGUACUCGUGUUCUUCCCUCCUGGUAGUAUUUCUUAAUAUUAACAUCGUUGUAGAAGUAGCUAAUGAAGCUUCACUCCAUCGAUUUAAGUAGCAAUGGCGUUUCAAGACUUUGAACCAAUCUUUGCUGAACCCAAACUGGAGUGGAAACCUCACUGUUCUCAUCCUUUGCGUCCUUUUUUGUUCCAUGUUCAUCCUCCUAAUUCUUCUCACCUUGUAAUUCAUGUCACUAAUUUCCACUCUGAUACUUGGGAAGCUCAUCUUUCAGUUUCCUCGCUCGAGGACAUCAUGGAUAUUAUUGGAAUAGGGGGCUCUUGGUCUGAGUUUGCUAAUUAUUUUGUUAAUUCCCUCAAGUCAGAAGAUCUGAAGCUCGUUCUAGAGCCAAAUUCUAACUCUGAUGGUGUUAGUUCUGCUAAAUUAAUUGCUCAAAAAUCAAAAGGAAUGCCUCUAAUCACCAUUCCUCUUACUAAACUUGUGGACUCCAGUGCUAGCGAAGCUGUGUCAAAUUUAUCCUUGAGCCUCUUUAAGGCAUUCAGAAGUACCAAAUGUUCUCUUGUAGAUGUGCAAGAACGCUCUGUCCAGUUGACAAACAUGAUGGCAUCUGAGAAGGAAAGAAAUGAAACCAUACCACUGGAUCGACGGCAAAAGUUUCAAAAAAUUAGCGACUCAGAGAAAGCAGGUGUUUCUAAUAAUGGAGCACAAAACUCUCCAGAUAAGCAAAAAGCUCGGGAUACAGGCACCACAAAAGUUAAGAAUCGUGUGAUGCCAGCACAUCGCAGGACCAAAGUAAGAGGGGCCCUCUUGCGUGAUAGUGAUCCCGAGUCUUAGCCCUUAAUUCAAACCAGUUGCUCUAUAGGAAGUUAAAAUUGUCCCGUCUCUAUGUUUAUUUCCUUUUAACACUUACCUUGUACUAUACAUUGUAUAAUAUGGAACUCAUAUAUUACUAGUUAGUCCAGUCACAUAAAAUUUCAGGUAUUCAUUCA